UUGGUCUGUCAACAAGGGGAAAAGCACUGACAAUAACUGUUUUCCCUUGAUCCGAGCAUGCAAUGAAUCUAUAUGCCUAAAAAGUAUUAUUUUUUUAAGUACAAAAGUACCAGUUUAUUCAUUUAAGUAUUUCUAUAGGUUCUAAUUCUUUAUAGGCGACCUAUGUCAUUUAUGUAUUCAGAACCAUGUGCUCAGAAAUCAUUGCUCUCCAACAUACUGACAGCCAUCCAGCAAAUAUGUCGUAAGCUCCGCCAACUUCCAAAGUUUUGCUCUGACGUCAUGUGGAGCCUGUAAUGACGCAGCCGACCACGGGAUACAAAAGUACAUUUAUUAUUCUACAGAGUAACUUGAUUAUUGGCUGUUUAUACAUGUAACUGUGCUAGAAGUGUUAGCCAGGGGAUUGCCCAGGUUUGCUCAUAAAUUAUUCAGUUCCCGUCCUUGAUAAAAAAAAUAAAAUAAAAGAAGAUAAUCACCGAGCGUACUUACGACAAACUACUCAUGUCUUUCGACAUAAAAUUGUUGACAUGGACUUUAAUUAUAGGUAUUAGCUGAGACGUAAUUUUGAAAGACCAAACAUUUUCGAAGAGUUGCCUUUGAUUACGUAAUUUUCACUAUCCCUUAACGGUUGUGGUAGUAUGUCGAAGUUCAGAAUGUCCAUAGUUGAUGUUGGACUAAGCUCAGCUGAUCAAGGACGUGGAAAGGAAGAACUCGAGUAGAGAGAUACGGGGUCGAUUCAUUGUUAGCUGUAUAGCUAAUCUUAGAGCGGAUAUCAAGUAUGUCUUGACUACAAAAUCAACAUAUCCACUGCAGCGCACAAUUUUCAGGCCUCGUCCAACGAACGAUGGAAGAUGUUGGUAUAGUUCCGUAAUCUAAACCACCUACGCAAAAAAGAGAACAGAGGUGAUAUUUCCCCGAUUGAAGGGAAUAUAUGGGAUCGCAAGUUUCAUCAGAUGAGAUGAGUGUGCGUGCCGGGCAGGGUAGCGACGAGGUGCUGGUGUCCCAGGCGGUGUGGGACUACCUAGCAGCCGCCGGCCGGCCCUGGUUGAUCGACUUCCAGGACAAACAGGGCUUGAGUGCCGGCAUCGUCCGCCGAGGGGAGCGUGGGGGCUGCUGUGCUGUGCGGCUUCGCCCCGUGGAGGGCUCCUGUUCCGGGGUGGGGCCAGAGGUGAUGGUGGGGGGGCCGGUCUCCAGUGAGACCCGCAAGGCCUUCAUUGAUUUAUGCCGUUGUGCCCGAAAAGAAAUGAUCAAACUGGAGGGGGGUCCUAAGCGGAAAAGGUCUGUGCUGCCCUGCGUUGGGGUGGGUGUCCUGGAGGGGGGAGGAGAGGGGAGCCUACUUCCACCUCAGCUUGCCCAGCCCAGACGCUCCCAGAGGCAGCAGCAGAGGUAUAAGAAGCCUGUGGAUGAUGAGGCCUGUGUGGUCCUCUCCAACUCUGUGAACUCAAGUUCCCAUGAUGCAUCAGUGCAGAGGAAGCAGGAAGACAUGGAAGUCAGCGGCGGUAUAGCGGCCACACCUUAUGUCCACUCCCACAGCGAUACGGAUGACCGUAACUCGUGUUCCAUCUGCAUGGGCGAGAUGGUGGAGAGGACGACGCUGGAGAGGUGUGGCCAUCAGUUCUGUAGGUUGUGUCUGGACCAGGCCUUCAAGGUGAAGAGAGCUUGUCCCGUGUGUCGUCUGGUCUACGGCCAGAUUACUGGGAACCAGCCGGGUACUGGCAGCAUGAUAGUGGAGAGAGACCCAGAUCUGGAGUUGCCAGGACACGAGGGUUACGGCUGUAUCUGCAUCAUCUAUAGCUUCCCGCCUGGUCUACAAGCGCCAGAGCACCCAAACCCUGGUGUCCGGUACCCAGGAACAGACCGUGUGGCCUACCUCCCGGACAGUCCCGAGGGGAACCGGGUCCUGGGUAUGCUCCGCCGGGCCUUCGAGCAACGCCUCAUCUUCACCAUUGGGACCUCCAUGACUACUGGAAUGCAUAACGUCAUUACCUGGAAUGAUAUCCACCACAAGACCUCCAUAUGGGGGGGGCCACGCUGCUUUGGGUACCCCGACCCCACUUACCUGGUCAGAGUGACAGAGGAACUGCGCGAGAAAGGCAUCACUACGGACUGAACGCCCGGGUUCUCGAAGGAUUAUUCUAGAAACGGUUUUCGAAGUUCCACAAACAUCUGGCUGUCCCGUCCCGGUGCUGAUGGUUUCUGGGCUGCAGGUUCCCGGGCCUGAACCCAGCAGGGCUGUGGGAGGAGCCUGGCCCCAGAGGAGGCCUGACCGGUGCCGGUCCGCAGAACACUGCAGGACCGCUCCACGGGGCGAGUGCUGACUUCCACUAGAACCGAACUCUCACAUCAUCGCGCACUGAUGUCGACGAGAGUCUAAUGGACCGGUGGAAUCUAGGAUUAUCUCGUACGUUUCUGUCUCUGCUCCAUUGUCCGGAUUCCACUCAACCCAGCAGCACUGUGCGGAAGAACACCGAUGAAUGCAGGGCGUUCUUUGUGUGACGCAAUCGUCUACCUUUCAAUGCAAAUAAGCAGGACAGAUUUUGGCUGCACUCAGCUGAGCAGUUAUAGUUUAGCGCUUAAUAUGUUGAAGAUACUAGUUAAAUAUUAUUUUGAAAUAAUAUUUGGUGCGAAGUGUCUUGGUUUUUCAAGUCUUUAUUUCCACAUUGGGGUGGGGGGCAGGUAACAUUUAUUCUGGUAAAAACAGAUGUCAUUUGUGGUCGUUCCAGUCCAUGCAUAGAAUAGAUCUCCUUUAUGUAGUUUAGUCACUGACAACCUCUUACUUGCAGAUAAUAUUAACACAGUCCCCAAGAAGCGAUGCAGGUGGAGUAGCCCUGUGAGAUUCAAUAGAAGCUUCCAAAGACAUUAGUUUAUCUAAAAGGUGUUGCAAUCUCAAGCACUCAAGCACUUUGUCCAAAAAAAAAAAAGGGAGUUGGUAAGUUCAGUUGUUCUGUUAUAUUGGAGGGCUGGUUCUGUGCUGGUUGUAUUUCUAAAACAUAUAGUUUAGAAAUAAAAGGAUGAUUCUUAUUCUGAGGUUCUCUGCUUCCUAUUCAGGGAAGACUAGUUGAUGGUAGAGAGCUUGAGCAAAGCACAGGCAUUAGUCUUUUAAAGCUCCGAGGCUAAAAACCUGGUAGCUAAAAAUGUAUGUGGAUUUGCUUAGAGACCUUCAUCUACCCUUUUGAUCUUCCUUUUGAUUUCUUCUUGUUUGUAUUUAUAAUUUUUUUGGUAAUUAUUGUGUGUGUCUUUGUCUGUCUGUGUUUCUCUCACUGGCUGUUUUGUGUUUCAAGGUUCGAGCGAAUGACAUAGGAAUGUCCAGAUUGAACGGCUAGCAUUAGUUUGAUCUCUCCACUGUUGUUUCUCUGGAAGAUGUCACACCUCCUAGACCACACCCUUUAUUCACAAAGCCCCUCCUUCAGUUGGACAUCCAGUCAGUCUUUGCUCCUUAUCUUCUUAUAACCAGAUUUAUAUGAUGUCAAAUAAGAAGGACAUGAUGCUGAUCCUCUUAAACCAAAUCAAAGGCCCCGUAGGGCUCUGUAAUGUUGCCUCUGGCCGUGUCUGAAAUGAAGCCCCUGUACCUAUAUAGUACACACAGGUCUGUAGUCCACUAAUAUAGCCUCCCAUUGGACACAAAUGUAUUACGUUGUAUAGGUAAUACAGAUUAAUGUCAGACGCAACCCCUUUUUGACUAGGAUAAGUUCUUUAAUGAUUCAUGUUUCAUGAAAAUGGAAACGUGUGCUAAUUCACAUUUGUCUUCUCAAGAGAUCUUGAUCUAGGAUUAAGCAAGUAGGUUGAAGGGGUUAAUUUAUAUUUCAACCUGAUGGUAGUUGAUUGCUAACCCUGAAUGUAGUCCUUGGACCCGGAGAGAGCGUUUUAUUUAAACAGCCAUAACACAUUUGAUGGGGAGUAAAACCAUACUGUGUUGUUUUUUUUUUUUUUUUUUUAAACCCUGAUUGCUCUCAAACUGAGUCCCAGAUGGAUGGAGAGACUGGACAUGAGGAUAUUUAUAUAGGGACAAGGCCAUGCCAAACAUAUUGAACCUGUAAUGAAUAAACAAGUGCAAAACAAGUGCAGAACAAGCGGAGGGAACGCACUCCGGCUUCUACCUCGGUGGAGCUCACAGGAGUGCAAGCCGCCACAACGAGUCUCUAUAGCGUGUCGAGGCAACCGUAUUUGAUUAACCCCCAAGGCCCUGAGAAAUUCUGCGAGCAGUAUUCAGACCUUUUGGCUCGCAAUGACGCAGAAAAGGCUUCGUCGUUCAGGGGCCAACAUUUAUUUCCUUCUGAAGUUCUGAGAAAAAGAGGGGCUAAAAUAAAUGUGCUCCCCUUGUGAUGGCUCUUUAAAGAACUAAACCUCAGGGUAGGAGUUCUCCCGGUCCGUGGAUUACCUUCAGUGUAAGAAGCCAUUUAACAUCAGUUGGUGAACUAGUCCUUUAAGGAAAAUACUGCCGUGUUCUUUGGUCAGUGAUUUAUUUCAGUUUGCUUCUUUUAGCUACGUUUACCACGUUGUUAGCGUGCCCCAUAAGUCACGAAAACAUGGAGCAUGUUGAUUCUAAUUGAUGAUACACAUCUCUUUAAUAGACUGUCGCCUUGUUGGAGGAUUGGACUCGUUAGAUUAUCUUUGCCUUAUCGGCUUUCUAAACUUCUUGAGGACAUGGAUAUUGAUGCAUUUCCGCUAUAUACAGUUGGAAGUUCUAAACCUCACUCACAAAUAAUCAAGCUAUGAAUCCUUUCGCAAAGCAGAAAUAUGCUUAUAAAUGGCUGCAUCGGCAUUCACCUUUUCUAUGCAUUUGUGUGCAAAGUCGGGUGAUGUGAAAUUAUAUAGUAAGACGAUAUAUUAAUUAUCCCUUGACUGUCUCAAGUGACACCCUGUUCCGCAUAAAGUGCCCUAUAAGGUUGUUUAAAGUUCAAAAGUAGUGCACUCGGGGGGGGGUAG